AUGAGAUCAGACUUCGCAGUCGUGCUAUUCACACUCAUCACAUCCACGGUCGCGUCGGCCGUCGAUGCACCCCGUCGCAUAAAGCGCAUCGACAUAGAGCGCCCCGAGUCUGAGAUACCACCCGUUUAUGAGCACGAGCUUUACAAGCGCCGUGGCGGCGGUGGUGGUGGAGGACGCGGAGGUUCCAGCGGCGGAGGUUCAAAAGGAUCAUCUGGCAGUGGCAGCAGAGGUGGGAGUUCCCGUGGAAGCAGUGGAAGCGGCAGCAGUCGCGGAAGCAGCAGUAGUGGUAGUGGUUCAAGAGGCUCAUCAAAUCGUCCAGGUUCAUCAUCAAGCAGCGGUGGCUCCCGUAGCUCCGGCGGCGGUUCUCGCGGCGUCGGUCCUCAACCCAGCUUCGCAGGCGGUCGAUACUACCCUGGUGGCUCAUCAAGACCGUACAAGGCCGGCGGCCCAAGUCCCGGAAGAAUUGCGCCCUACGCUCUAGGUGGUGCUGCUCUGGCAUUCUGGCCUGGCCUUUGGCUCUACGGUGCAUACAUGUACCCUUACUCGCAUCCCUACCAUUAUCACAACGACACCAGCGAUGAGGACGAAGAGCGAGAUGUCCUCUGUGGAUGCUCGCGAUAUGAGUAUUGCGCGUGCGACGACAACAACAGCACCCAAUACUUCGACGAACUCAUCGGAAACGGAAGCUAUGACGCACUUAACAAGUCCAUCGUCAAUGUCGCAGAGGUCAACGGCACAAUGACAAUCCUCAUCAACGGAACUCUGCCCAACGACACAGCCCUCCCUGACGAGGAUGCAUCAGACAAUGGAGCACUAUCAAAACGAGAUGAUUUUGACAGAGUACAACGGACAGGCAAAACGGCCUUCAUCUUGGCGUUGGUCUUUGGUAUUCUCUAG